AUCUUCCUCUAUCCCAUUUGAAGUAAUUCUACAGAAGAUGGCUCAGCGUCUCACUUACCGCCGCCGUUUGUCCUACAACACCAAGUCCAACAGGACUCGCGUCGUCAAGACCCCUGGUGGUCGCUUGACUUGGCUCUAUGAGAAGAAGCCCGGCACUUCCCCCAAGUGCGGUGAUUGCGGUGUUGCUCUUCCUGGUAUUCCCGCUCUCCGCCCCACUGAGUACGCCCGCAUCUCUCGCCGCCAGAAGACCGUUAACCGUGCCUAUGGUGGUUCCCGCUGCGCCAACUGCGUCCGUGACAGAAUCGUUCGCGCUUUCUUGAUCGAGGAGCAGAAGAUCGUCAAGAAGGUCAUCAAGGCCCAGAGCAAGAACGCCAAGCCCGCCAAGGCUCCCAAAGCCACCAAGGCCAAGUAAAAAAAAAGAGAGAAUAAAGAACUUGAGCUUCUUUUGCACCACCAUCGCUCGACCACAAAAAAAUAAAUUGCUUGUCUGUCUUCUGUCGCAUUUCCUCCCUCGUGAC